UAAAAAGCAUUUCACACCCAACCGCCGAGUGAAUAGUCAUCGAUCUAGAGCCAUGACCAGUCCAAUAAUGUUUGCUCGUCUCUUGCUCUAUGGGAUCUGUGUCUACCCCUGGUUGAGUUCUGAAAUUUCGGCCUCCACACACAACAUGAGUUACAUGCGCUCAAUACUAAAGGUGCUUGCCGACGGUCAAGAAACUUGGACUAAUACGCCCAUAUUUAGGGGUCGUCAUGUCAAUCAGGAUGAACUGGCCGACUUGAUUCGUUGGCUUCAAUUGGACUUGAAAGUGGCCACAUAUCUGUUCACAACGUCCCAGCUACCCAAAGAGACGGAUUUGCUGGCUUAUCAGGUAUCAAACACAUCUGUUUUGACUUUGCUCUUUUGUCGCAGCAGCGAGGAGUUGAUUUGGUAUCAUCUGGACAAACGUAUGUGGCACUUGCGUCGCAGCCGCCUGAUUAUAUCCCUGCCAGCUGAGCGAAGUGGAUCAUAUAAGGCACUCUUGACCAUGUUUCAAAAGAUAUGGCACUUGCAAUUCCUCAAUGUCCUGGUUGUGCAUAAGGAGAAAAUCUAUGGAUAUACACCAUAUCCAAAGGUUAACUACUUUGAGAUUAAAUUGGAGGGUAACAAGCGGCUAUUUCCGGGUACAUCAUCAAAUUAUCAAGGGUACACGGUAUCCACGCCCGUAGAAAAUGAUUUGCCGCGUGUGUUUUUUGUGCGGGAUCAUCAGACGAAUGAACGUUAUAUUCGAGGAUUUGCCUAUCGUCUAUUCGUGGAGUUUCUACGGCAACAUAAUGCCACAUUGCAUGUCACGAACGCCGAACGGGAUCAUUCUCCGACCAGCAGUGUGAAUAUGUCUUGGAUUCUGCAAUUGAUUGAAAAGAAAGAAGUGGAAAUCUCGGUGCACGCCUACUUCGAUUGGGAAAUGGGUGAUAGUAGUUAUCCCCUGCUUAUAACCGCCAACUGUUUGAUUGUGCCGGUGAGAAACGAGAUUCCGCGCUAUAUGUACCUAUACAGGCCUUUUCAUUGGCACAGUUGGCUAUUGCUUCUGGUUGCCCUCAUUUACAUAAGUGGCAUACUCUUUGGUUUUAGUGGUCGGCGAAGCAUCAGUCAGAGUUUUCUGCAGAGUCUAUGCCAUUUGCUCUUCAUAGGCAACUCUACGCGAGUCUAUCAACCUUCUUGGCGUUACUUCUUCGUAAUUAUGCAAUUGGCUCUUUUGGGUUUCAUGGUGACCAAUUGGUAUGGCAAUGAACUGGGCAGUUUCCUUACCACUUUGCUGGUGGAUGAGCAAGUCGAUAACAUGGAACAAGUAGUGGAAAAGCAGCAAAAGAUUUUAGUUAAGAAAUACGAGGUUAGCACCUUGUUACGUCAUGUAAUACCACCGCUAAUUGAACAUGUGGCUCGUCUGGUGGUCGGUGUUAAUGCCAGUGAACAGGUCACUGCAUUGCUUAGCUUCAAUCGCAGCUAUGCGUAUCCUUUCACCCUGGAACGCUGGGAGUUUCUGAAAAUGCAGCAACAAUACGCCGUGAAGCCCAUUUUCCGCUUCUCCGGAGCUUGUCUGGGCUCUCCAAUGGUCGGUUAUCCUAUGCGUAUGGAUUCACAUUUCGAGUCACCCCUAAAGUAUUUCAUCAUGAGGAUUCAGGCAAUGGGUUUGAUCCAACAUUGGCUUAUCUCGGACUUUAAUGAUGCCUUGAAAGCGGGCUAUGUCCAUUUCAUUAAUAAUGAUUUGCCCGUUAAAGCUCUCGACAUGGACUCUAUGCGUUUGGCUUGGUUAGUUUUACUUUUCGGUUGGCUAAUGGCAAUUUUUUGCUUCAUUUGUGAGCGGCGACUACAAAGAGAGAGGUUUGCUUGCUUCCUGCAGAUUCAGGACUAA